GGAGGGUCUGCACGUUGCACGGGCUUGGAUGCUGUGACCGGAGGUUGAGAAGCCUGGAGUCUGCUCACUGUCUACCGCAAGUGUUCGUCUCAUUCAGCGGAUUGGUGCUGUGGUAGGCUAUCAGAAAGUAACCCAAAAGGCGUUUUGGAGCCGUAGGCCGGUAGGAGAGAGCCAUCAUGUCUUCAAGUUCAGCGACAACCAGGAUCCUGAUCAAGGGUGGCAAGGUGGUGAACGAUGACUUGACGCAGGAGGCAGACGUCUACAUUGAGAACGGUAUCAUCAUGCAGGUGGGGGAGGGGCUGAUGAUCCCGGGAGGGGCCAAGGUGAUUGACGCUUCUGGGAAACUGGUCCUCCCCGGGGGGAUCGACACCAGUGUGCACCUCCAGCAGACUUUCAUGAAUGCUACCACCGUGGACGACUACUACAGCGGCACCAAGGCAGCCCUGGCUGGAGGGAGCACCAUGGUUAUAGGACAUGUGUUACCAGAGAAGAAUGAAUCUCUGCUGGAAGCCUAUGAGAAGACCCGCUCCCAGGCUGACAAUAAAGCCUGCUGCGAUUACGCCCUGCAUAUGGGGGUCACCUGGUGGGGGCCAAAGGUACGAGCUGAGAUGGAGAGCCUGGUGAGAGAUAAAGGCAUCAACUCGUUCCAGAUGUUCAUGGCCUAUAAGGACCUGUUCAUGCUGAGGGACUCUGAGCUCUUCCAGGCCCUACAGAACUGUAAGGACAUCGGGGCUGUGGCCCGUGUACACGCUGAGAACGGAGAGCUGGUGGCCGAGGGCGCCAAGGAGGCAUUGGACCUGGGCAUCAGCGGCCCUGAGGGCAUCGAGAUCAGCAGACCAGAGGAGCUGGAGGCAGAGGCCACCCAUCGUGCGAUUACCAUUGCCAAUAGGGCCCACUGCCCUAUCUACCUUGUCAACAUGUCCAGCAUGUCAGCAGGAAAUGUGCUCGCCACAGCCAAGAUGCAGGGUAAAGUGGUCCAUGGGGAGACCACCACAGCCCAUGCAGUGCUGAACGGGCUGCAGUACUACCACCAGGACUGGGCCCAUGCUGCAGCCUACGUCACAGUGCCUCCUCUACGACUGGACCCCAAUACACCAAACUACCUGAUGAGUCUGCUGGGGAAUGACACUCUGAACGUAGUGGUGUCUGACCACCGUCCCUUUACCACCAAACAGAAGGCUAUGGGCAAGGAUGACUUCACAAAGAUCCCCCACGGAGUCCCAGGCAUCCAGGACCGCAUGAGCGUCAUCUGGGAGAGAGGAGUGGUUGGAGGCAAAAUGGAUGAGAACCGUUUUGUUGCGGUAACCAGCUCCAAUGCAGCGAAGAUCUACAACCUGUACCCCAGGAAGGGUAGGAUCAUCCCAGGGGCUGACGCUGACGUGGUGGUCUGGGACCCAGAAGGGACCAGGACCAUCUCUGUGGACAACCAGGUGCAGGGUGGAGACUACAACCUGUACGAGAGUCUCCGUUGCCAUGGUGUCCCCCUGGUUACCAUCAGCCGUGGCCGUCUGGUCUAUGAGAACGGAGUGUUCACGUGUUCUGAGGGCUCUGGGAAGUUCUAUCCUCUCAGGACCUUCCCAGACUACCUCUAUAAAAAGAUGGUGCAGCGGGAGAAGUGUCAGGCCCUGAAGGCGGUGGAGCGUGAGCCGUACGAAGGAGACGUAGCAGUGAUGCAUUCUGGGAAGAAGGACUGUGGACCGUGUGACGGGGACACUCCAACACGACCACACACCAAGCACGGAGGACAGCGAGACCUGCAUGAGUCUAGCUUCAGCCUCUCUGGUUCCCAGAUCGAUGAUAAAACCCCAAAGAGAUCUUCUGCGAGGAUUCUGGCCCCCCCAGGUGGUCGAUCCAGUGGAAUCUGGUAACUGUGUGGAAGACUAGCGAGUUCUAGAACCAAACAGCUACCAUGGUUCUCAAUUACAAUGAAGAAUGGAACCAGGGCCAACCAAGCCAACUGCUUGUUACGUUCUCCCAGAAAGCAUAGAAAGAAAAACAUCAUUCACAUUUUAUUUGAAAAACAAAAACACCUAGUAUUUAGUGUAUAUAUGAUGACAGUCUGAAUAACAUUUUAUAUGACAUUUUAAUAUUGGGAUAUCUGCCUGUAUGGUCGAAACCUAAACAAUAUUGGGCUUAACUUUAAAAAAUAAAAUUACAUUUUUGUUUUUAAAUUUAGACAAAUUUCAACUAAAUUUCCGCAGCAGCUGACAACAUAAGUUGCUAGUUGACUGUAUUGGAUAUUUGGAUGCAUGUUAGAGUACUGUAAGUCAUUAUACACUAAUGGUUUUAGGGGGUUGGGGGGUUUAUUUCUCUGUUUAACCUACAAUGCUGCACUUGUAUCAUGUACUACUUAGCUGCCUUUUCCUUACAUUAUUUGAUGUGUAACAAAACAACUUUUUUUCUACUAAUACAGAAUCUUCAUGAAUAAAUAUGAUUAGUUAUUUAUUAUUGCUCUUGACAUGAAAUAACGUGGAUGUCUCUCUACGUGGAUACCGUCAUUUUGUGUGAAACACUUAUUUUUUUGUUCGGUUUCAUUCACGAUUACAUUUGUCUGUUGACUAAAACACAAAUGCAAGCUGAUACUUUUAAAUGUGACUUGUAUUUUAUUUUUUAUUGUUACAAUGUUAUUGAGAAUAUGUCAUUCCCCUUUAGGGCACUGUAAAAUUAUAAAUAUGAGUCCUGAAAAACUGAGGAUGACAGCCUAAGAAAGUGCAGAGGUUUUAUAGCUUCUAUAUUCCUGUUUACAUUUUAAUAUAGUAGCACUCUCUUCCUUUCUGAUCAUCUCAUCUCCCAUCAAUAUGAAUGAAGCUAUGCUGUGUUUACUGUAUGUUGUGGCAUAGGAACACUGAUUUUACUCAUAUUUAGCAGUGUUCUAUGUGUAAUAAGUGGUGAUAUUACUGUACUUUCCUCUGUCUGCAACAAGCUAGCUAGCUAGCUCCACUCUGAAAUGCCUUUUUUCUCACCAGCGAAGUCUCUCAUUAUCCACAUAUACAGUUAAUGUAUAGAGAUAAUAUGCCCUUAACAUGUGUAUCAUUGUGAUUCCUCUUAGGAUGUUCAAGUCAACUACUGAGCACAUAACACUUAGCACAAAACACUGUGGAAUUCUGGUCUUGACUUGCACUGAAACGUACUUGACAGUUUUGUAUAUCUUUUCAGUUGACGUUUCCAAGGUUGGAACGCUGUCAAUUGGGCAAGAGAAGUGCAUGAUCUAUAAUAAAAUUGAAUGUUGGGUAUUAUAAGGGCAAUUUAAAUAUACAAAAUGCAUGUUCUCCAGAGUUUAUUUAUGUCAAUGUCAGUCAAUCCAUUAUAUCACUGGAUGACAUGUUAUUCAAGAGUGUCUAUGAAAACCACUGUCUUUCUGUUUUGAGUUGUCUUUACACACUUCCAUUGUAAGCUACUGAGAACAUGAGUUUUUCCAUAGCCUAUUUCAUUUACCACUGUGCGAUAGAGUGCAGAUGAGGUCAUUCCUGGUGCUGCACAGCCUUUGGUGUUUUCACUGAGGUUUGUUUUAGUUUUAUCCUAUGUGUUCUUGCAGCUCUUUAGCACAAGUUUGAGUGCAAAUAAAACCACACUGAAAUGUCAA